UGCGAAAGGUUAAUCGGCCAGCGUGUCAUCCUUGGCUAGUUGCUCGGCAUAUUGCCUUCACACUCAUCAGGGACUCUGCCCAACGACCUUCAUCUUCCUUGUUUUGUCUCACUGUGGGUGGAAUAGCGCAGUGGAUGAGGCACGCUCGAGCGAUCGGCAGUAUCUGGAUUUUCUGGCAUCUCUUCUCCCUCUGUGUCGUUGUCUCGUAUGAGUAAAGCAUGUCCUGACGAAGUCUCAAAGACGGUCGAUGUGUAGAGAUGUGCUUUAUUCUCCUUGGGGUGCUCUCUGAAGUGUGAGGCGAGUUUUUGUUGGGCUUUCUGCAGAUUCGACGGAGCCAGAUUGCUGGAUAGUUGCAGGCUCUCUUUGUCUCAGAUUUCAGUCAUGCAAACAUCUUCAGGAAGCAGUUGUCCAAGAUCGGUUGUGUCUGACUUGUUGCACACAAUUUGACUGACGAUCGGUGCUGAGCAUACUUCGUGGAGGUGGAUUAGUUGAUUAGCAGCAUCUCGGGUAGUGGUAGAAAUCUCGGUCCACGGCAGGACCGUCAAAACAGAUGGACUGCAAGCGCGGGAUGUGCGAGGCAUUUGUACAUACAACUCGAGUGCAGCCUUAUGUAGAACCGCAAGCGACAAGAACAUUGCAACGGGACGAAUGAGUCUCGUCUUUCAGCUGAUCCGAUCGCUAAGUUUCAGUGAUGCUGAGCAAGUAUCCCGUGCCCUGAUAUAAUCCAACUACGCCUAUAGAGAUGAGAUGUCGAGACCUCUACAUGUUCCGAAAGCGGUGAUCAUGGGAUUCUAUCGGUUGUGCAGAUGCAGUAGAAGUCCUUCUAAAGCGAGUCACAACUUGGGUGGAAUAUUCCAAACUGUGUUGUAACAAGGAACUAUUCAUGGCAUGGUCACUAACAUGGAAGAGCCACUAACGCGAGCUUACGAGAGAUCGGUACAGAGAGACAUUCAGGAAACCACCAAGGCAGUGGCAUGGGCAGUGUUUCAGCACCGCAAUGGAGGUGGGUCGAACCGUUACAAUGGUGCUGUUCCAGCAUCGCAGGCGACGCGCUUCAAGAUUGAAGCACUCAGUAAACGUGAACUCGAAUGUUGUCCUGAAACCAGGAGUCAUGUGCCUCCAAUUCAAGAUGCCUCUAGUACUCUGUUUGAUGCGUAUGAGCUAGACUCUGUCUUCAAGCAUCUUGAUCGAGCUUUACAAUCCGUCGACACUCAUCAGAAGGUCUCAUUUGAUGCUCCUAAAUAUUACGACCAGGACCAGCAGUGCUACCCUCGACAUGGCUACGGCGCUCCGGAAGACUAUGAUAGACCCGAGCAGCGAUUUUGGCUCGAGAGCGUGCACAAGUCUCAACAAGUUUGUGGGAACUGUUUGGACACUGUAGACGAGUCGUGCCCGUUGGGAGACGCCCAAGACCAGUUAGGGUAUGGAUGCAAUGGAAACAGAAGCAACAGAUAUGAAUAUCAAUCUAAUCCUAAACUGGAACUGAACUUGGACAUGUACGACGAGCUUUGCAAGGAUGUGCAGGAAGUUCUACCACAAGGGAAACUAUUCAAAACAAUGCAGUUUUUGCAGACGCGAAGCUGGGGGAAAGUGCUUCAAGGUCGAACCCGACACACCUCCUUCGACUCAUCCUCAGAGGUUGCCCUUUUCAAAGAUAAUAAGGAUAACCAUCAAUCAAAAAGCUCGAAGUUGCGUAGCAUUUUCAGCUUGAAAACUGCCAAGGGUAGCCUUUCUCCAAGGUCUACACGUCAAGCGCGCAUAGUGCCGGAUGAUUAUUCCCAGAAGGGGCGCAAAUCAAGUGAAGAAGGUGACCUUAAGAAAAUCGGAUUUGGCCCUUACGACGACGAUUCUAGUGAUAGCGCUCACAGCGAUGGCUAUGAAGCGCAGUACGUAUCGCCAACUAAAACCAAGACCGGGUCACGACCCGCUCACAACAAACAGGUUCUCCUUUCCCCUGUUUUGAAAUCUAGUGUGCAAAUGGUGACUGUUCCAAACGUUUGCCGCACUGUUCGAUUAUCCAGCGACAUGAGGAACCCCGACCCGGCUGAAGGACUCCGUGACCACCUUAGACAUGGUUCGUUGGCUUACAACACACCUGUUUUAUUGAAGGAGCCGAGGGAGCGCCGAAAGAGCUCCUACUCCCUUAAUUCGACUCCAUCCCUUGGUCAGAAAUCUCGCAGAGCCAUGCUGCACGAUGAUCGCGACGAUUUCGAGCAGGGCAACUCAUCGCAAUACCUUCACGAGCAUCACCAUCACGUACUGGGUGAAGUUGAGGACAAUGAGCUGACCGUCCAAGACAUUGUGAAGCGAGCCUCGCGCAAGUCCUUCGACGAGAUAGCGCACCGCAUGCCCAUUGGCCAGAUUACUGGCUUGAAAUUGCCAAAAACUCCGCUUGUUACCGCACCUGCCUCUGUCUGUAACUCCCCGAGCAUGUUGUUUUUAUGAGUAGAUGUCGGUGAUUCAGGUAUAGAUUGGUGUUCAACUAAAUGUCAGCGUCUGUUUCGAUCUUCAGGUGCACGAAGUGUGCGCAAAGCAGGUUAGUAAUCUCGGGGCUACAAGUGCGUUCAGUAGAAGGCUCAACAAAGACGAAGGAGAACUGUAAGUCUGGAUUUGUAACUGUAGAUAGUGAAGGAGGUCGGUUGUCACGCUCAUCGAUCCAGACACAGUGUUGAGCUCUUGCAGGUGCAUUGUACCAUAAUUUAAGUGUUCAGCUUCAGUAGUUUAUCUCGAGUGUUCAUGUGAGGUUUACACAGUUGCAACUAUCAAGCUGCAGUAUCUGUUGUGCUCGAGUCUACAUUGAUGCACAUGUCCAACUGGGUCCAGUGGAGAAAUGCGUGUAUUAGUCACUCUUCGUCGCGCAAUUCACUAGACAAACCAUCCAACUGAGAAACGGAUAUCAAUGUUGUGAAACAUUUUUGUUUUUGUU